ACCAAACGUCAAUUCGUCACAAAGACAAUCACGAAAUCACGAAUUUGUGCAAGUGGUGAGCAAAGUAAAUGAUGGGAAAGCAAGCAAAGUGAAAUUGUUGUUUUUGCAGUGUUUUGUUAAAUAUACGUUUGUGUUCGUUUUGCAUCAAGAUACUUUGCGUGAACAUUGUUGUGUAGGAAAUCUACGUGAUUAUGUGUACAAUAUGCGCAGAGUGUUGAUUACGAAUGACAUCUGUUAACAAAAGGAAAACAGUAAUUUAGAGACGUUGUUAAUCUUAAAUCAGAAUGAGCUCGACGGAGACCAUCAACGUAACGGCUCAACCAAUAUCGGACGUAAUCAAGGAAGUACCCCACGAUAAGGGCAUGUUCCUCCAAACCCCUGGCGCACAGGGUAUCGCCGGCAUCUUCGUAUUUGCCGCACUAUUCAUUACUUGCCAACAGAUUUACCAACACCUCCGCUGGUACACGAAUCCCUCGGAGCAGCGCUGGAUAGUGCGCAUCCUGUUCAUCGUACCAAUAUACGGGUGCUACAGCUGGAUCUCACUGCUGUUCUUCAAUGGAAACUCCUACUAUGUAUACUUCUUCACCGUACGGGAUUGUUAUGAAGCAUUCGUGAUCUACAGUUUCCUGUCGCUAUGCUACGAGUACCUAGGCGGGGAAGGCAAUAUAAUGUCGGAGUUGCGCGGGCGGCCGGUGCGCGCGUCCUGCGUCAACGGGACCUGCUGUCUCAGUGGCGCCACUUACACCAUCGGCUUCCUCCGCUUCUGCAAACAGGCCACACUCCAGUUCUGUCUCAUUAAGCCCGUCUGCGCCUUCAUUAUCAUAUUCCUACAGGCCCGAGGUCUGUACCACGACGGUGACUGGAGCCCCGACGGCGGCUACAUCUACAUCACCAUCGUCUACAACUUCUCCGUCAGCUUGGCGCUCUACGGCCUGUUCCUCUUCCUCGGGGCCACCAGGGAGAUGCUCAAACCCUUCGACCCGGUACUCAAGUUCUUCACCGUCAAAUCCGUUAUUUUCCUCUCGUUCUGGCAAGGUGUAGCCCUAGCCAUUCUCGAGAAGGCUGAAGUGAUAUCUCCGAUCCACGACGCGAAUGGUGUCCCAACGACGGCGGGUACAGUGUCUGCCGGGUACCAGAACUUCCUGAUCUGCCUGGAGAUGUUGGCGGCCGCUAUAGCACUGCGCUACGCCUUCCCCGCCGCCGUGUAUGCGCAUGCGCACCGAGACCCACACCGCUCCGUCACUAUGCAGUCCAUCUCUAGUAGCCUCAAGGAGACAAUGAAUCCCAAGGACAUAAUGACGGACGCGUUCCACAACUUCCACCCUCAGUACCAGCAGUACACGCAGUACAGCUCGGAUGUCACUUCUCAACUGCCUUAUGAGAAACUAUAAACUGCCAUAGCUGUGCUCUGCAUGAAGUGCAUUGCUGUCUGUCCGUUUAUACAUACAUACAUGUAAUAAUAAAUACAUUAUGCCCGAGCAUGGAAACACCACUAACAUUAUUGUUGAAUUUUAAUGAUCCAAUCAAACGCGUGCUCAUGGUCAAUUCGAAUAUCGAAAUCACUCGAAUUGUCGCGUCCUUCAUACAACCUCUUUUCGCAACAUUUCAUUAUGCAUGAACAAAUUAAAAUAAAAUAUAAGACAUGACGCUCAAAAUUCUAGUGGAUUCGAUAUUAAUCUGUCAAGAUGGCCUGCGAAAAAGUUUAUUUAUUUUUGGGUGAUUACACCCAGUAAUACAUUUUAUAACUACAAAUACCGAGUUUUUGUUUGUACACACAUUAUACUUCAAGUUAUGUCUUGUACUGUGCCUUAUAUAAGUUAGGUGACACAAGAAAUCGGUGUCCGGGGCUCGGUAGCAACCCAAAUUAGUUAAGAGGUUUAUUUUUAUAAUAUCAAGGUAUUUGGCUAGUCCGGAACGCAUAACGAAUUUUUACGAAAAAACUUAGGUAAGUAUCAUAUCAGAAGGCUAUAGAACAAAAAGCAUGCAAACAUACAAACAGACGUAUUUGAAAUUAUACAGGGGUGAACUGAUUAUAGAAGUUAACGGUAUCGUAGGUGAAGUGGUUCAAUAUUUUUAUAGAGGUAAGCUCGUUACAGAUGAAAAUAUGUCAUAUCGUAAUGAUGCUUAAGAUUCAAAUUUAUUUGUGGAUACCAGUAAGAUUCACCUGCGGAAACCUACAUUUUGUAUAGCAGAUUAUGAAUUAUUCUUGUUUGCUACAAUAUUCGGACUAUUCAUUGCCAUAAAAUAAUUAGCUACUUUGUACUUUAUGCCUUUAGUAUGUGUCGUGUAAGGAUUAGUGUAAAUGUUAUUUUCUGUGAUUAUAUUACUUUUCUUUUUA